AGAUCACCUAGACAGGCGUCAAAAUUUACAUCACCGACGCCACCUAGCACCUACAUCCAAGUCUUCAUUGAUCUCACACUAGAUGACGUCUUUGUAAUUUCAUCUGAAUAUUUUUAUUUGGCAACAUCAACAUCAGUAAAUGUAAAAAUGGCGUAUUUAAAAAACUUUUCAGUUUUCAUGUUUUCAGUCUCAGCAGCAUUGUCUCAGUCGUUGGUUUAACUGUUCCCAUGUGUUUGUCACUUCCGUGAUUCAAGAGAAUUGGACAAAACAUCAACUAUCAAAAUGACAACUGAAGCAAAUCCCACCCUGUUGAAGGACAUCAAUCAUAAUUGCAGAGGAUAUGAGAUGAAUGUUAAUUUGCAGGAAGUCAAGAAGGAAGAUCACAUGCUGUAUAAUAGAUACAACCAAUACAUCCUUGAAGUCUACGAUGAGGACCUCAGCCCUCUUGAAGUACUAAAAUGCAUGGCUGCAGCGAAGAGCAUUGAGGACAUAGUUAAUGGUAUCAACAGUGGUGAUGUAAACAAGGAGAUUACAGCAACCAAUGCUAUACGUAAAUUCCUAUCUGAGGAACACAAUCCAGCACUCAUUCGUAUCCUCAUCAAUGCUAAUGUUGUUCCCAAGCUAGUAGAAUUCCUUAGUCGUGUCAAAAACGCUGAACUUCAGUUAGAGUCAGCCAGGACUCUCACCACCAUUGUGCUAUGCAGAUCUUUUCAGGUCCAAGCUGUGGUCAGUGCUGGGGCUAUUGCUGGUUUCAUGUCAAUGUUGAGUUCACCUCAUCCAGUUACGGCCGAGCAAGCUGUCCGGGCGCUCGGCAUUAUUGCGAAAGACGGACCAAAGUUAAGAGAUUACUUAAUCGAGCAAGGAUUUAUAAAGGCGAUGCUCAGUUUGGUCAAAUCUAACUCUUCAGCUACAUUAUUGCGUAGCGUCACUUCGACUUUGUCCAACUUGUGUCGCUAUUUGGGUGGGAGUGUCCUUGCCGUCCGACAGCUUCUUCCUGCCCUGUACCACCUAAUCCACGCAAAUGACGAGGAGAUUCUCGCCACCGCUUGCAUGGCUCUCUCUCAUCUCACUGAUGGCCCGAAAGAAAUAAAGAAAGAAGUUAUCAACGCCGGAGUCGUCCCUCGGCUCGUUGAGCUAUUCUAUCACAAAGAAGAGACCGUAAUUUACCCCACGCUGAUGGUAAUCGGCUACAUUGCUUAUUCAGGCGAAGACAUAUCUGAUGAGAUCGAAGCUUUUGUCAGCGCUGGGGCUGUUGCUGGGAUGAUUCAUUUGUUAGAUUCACCUCAUCCAGUUGUAGUGGAACAUGCUGCCUGGGUUCUGGGUAACUUUGCCAAUCAGGGAGCAGAGAUAAGAGAUUUUUUAAUUGAGGAAGGCAUUAUUAAGCCAUUGGUAUCCUUGAUUAAUAAACCCGACACUCCAGUUAAAUUGUUGCAAGAAGUCACUGUGACCUUGACCAACUUGUGUGGUGGAUACGAGGACAGUCCACUCAGUGUCCCGGCAGUCCGACAGCUUAUUCCCGCCCUGGCCCACCUUCUCAACUCCAACGACAGCGAUAUUCUCGUCUGCGCUUCCAUGGCUCUAUCUAAUCUCUCUGCUGAUGGUCACGACGAACGAAUCCAAGAUGUUGUCGACACUGGAGUCGUUCCUCGGCUCAUUUCUUUGUUGGACAAAAAUAGAUUAAACGAUGAUUUUGUAAUCUCCAUGGCUCUGUCGAUAAUCGCCAACAUCGUCACAGCCAAUGAUAGUCAAACCGAUUCCGUCCUGGCUGCUGGUGCCUGCCCGGCGCUGGCCAAGUUACUUGCUCAUUCCGAUUUGGAAAUCGUCAAACGGGCUGCCCGGACCGUGGCGAAGAUUGCUGCAGGCAACGCCACCCAGAUUCAAGCUCUCAUUACCAACAACGUUAUUCGUCCGUUAGUGGACGUGCUGGGCAAUGGCGACUUCAAAUGCCAAAAGGCAGCAGCUUUGGCCAUUACCAACAUCACUAUGGGUGGCAAUGUCGAGCAGAUCGCUUUGUUGUGUCAGUUUGGUGCCGUUGCUCCGCUGUGCACUUUGCUGGAGACCAAGAAACCCAAGACUAUCGUGGUCGUAUUGGAUUGCUUAGCUAAUAUUUUGGCGGCUGCCAAGAAAAUGGGCGAGCUGGAGAAAGUUUCUCUUGACGUAAGAGUGUGUGGUGGCUUGGAUUUAAUCGAAGUUUUGGUUAUCCACAACAAUGUUGAUAUUUCUCUCAAGUCGCUGGCUGUUCUGAAGCAGUAUUUCUCCACUGACAGGGAUGAAGAUUCUGAGUUGGCGCCAUCGAUAUCGCAGAGUGGCAAUUACGAAUUCAACACCCAGCCAUUUCAAACCCCUGAAGGAGGUUUCUCAUUCUAAAUUUUGUAAAUCUAAAAUUCUUUUUUCUGCAUAUACAACGGUCAAUAUAUUCUUCACUUCUUCCCCAUCCUAACCAUGAGUUUCGGCCUUUUCUUUAAAGUUUUUUUUUUCUAAUUUUUUGAAAUUCAAAGUUGCCAUGCACGUCUCUUUCCUCUUUCUCUACAGAACAACUCGAUCACAGCUGUGCAUUUGAUUCGUUUGAUUUUGUCGUGCUAGUUUUUUUUUUGUAGAUAAUAUACUGCCGAAAUAAAAACAAAUGCUUUUCAUAAA